AUGUACCAUUGGGUUGGUUUUGGACCAUGGAUGGGUGUGGAACGUCAGCCGAUGAAGCGCGAGAAAAGCGGCCGCUCAGUGCGACUGUGCGCGCGCGCAGGAACAUUGCAGCCAUCGCGGGAAAGUAGCGGCCGUUAUGCGCGACUCGCGGGAAAGCUGCGCUUCAUCGCCAACCCUGACCCGACCAACAACAACAUCAUCAGGUAUAACAACAAACACUGCUGGCCUCGAGAUUGUCGUAUGCGUCUCAUCAAACAUGACAUUAACCUUGGAAGAGCAGUUUUCUGGAACGUUAAGAACAGCCUGCCAUGCUCACUCACUACCAUCGAGUGGGAGGACACCUUUGUCAGUGUUUACUCGAAGGACAACCCACAGUUGUUGUUCUUGAUGUGCGGGUUCAAGGUCCGUAUCUUGCCCAAGAUUAGGACGAUGGGUGGCAAGCAGUUCUCAUUGAAGGACGCUGUGUGGAAUCUCACCAACGAGCAAACCAAAGAUAGAACUGCGCAGGCGUUCCUCCAUGUCUCCGAUGAUGGUGUCCAGCAAUUCAAUAACCGUAUUCGUCAGGUCCUUAUGAGCUCCGGUUCCACCACUUUCUCGAAGAUCGUCAACAAGUGGAACACUGUGUUGAUCGGUUUGAUGACCUACUACCGUGAGGCUGUCAUCCACACAAACGAGCUUUUGGACUCUCUUGUCAAGGCAGAGAACAAGAUUCAAACUCAUGUCAAGAUUGGCUUAAACAGUAAGAUGCCAUCCUGUUUCCCUCCUGUUGUCUUCUACACACCGAAGGAGCUUGGUGGUCUUGGAAUGCUUUCGAUGGGUCAUGUUCUUAUCCCGCAGAGUGACUUGCGAUGGUCCAAGCAAACUGAUGUUGGAGUGACGCAUUUCCGUGCUGGUAUGACCCACGAGGAGGACCAGUUGAUUCCAAACUUGUACAGAUAUCUUCAGCCAUGGGAGGCAGAAUUCUUGGAUUCGGCUCGUGUUUGGUCCGAAUACUCCAUGAAGCGGAAGGAGGCCAAUGCCCAGAAUCGGCGCCUCACCCUUGAAGAUCUUGAAGAUAGCUGGGACUGCGGUAUUCCUCGUAUCAACACCCUCUUCCAAAAGGAUCGCCAUACAUUGGCAUAUGACCGAGGUUGGCAUGUGCGUACAGAUUGGAAGCACAACCCCUUCUGGUGGACAUCUCAGCACCAUGACGGAAAGCUCUGGCAAUUGAACAACUACUGUGUUGAUGUCAUUGCUGCACUAGGCGGUGUUGAGGGUAUCUUGGAGCACACGCUCUUCAAAGGAACUUAUUUCUCUACCUGGGAGGGUCUCUUCUGGGAGAAAGUGUCUGGAUUCGAAGAGUCUAUGUCAGAUCUUAACCAGAUCCCUAACUGUCGAUUCACGCUUUGGUGGAGUCCGACCAUCAACCGUGCCAACGUCUAUGUUGGUUUCCAGGUCCAGCUUGAUCUGACAGGUAUUUUUAUGCAUGGCAAGAUUCCCACCUUCAAGAUCUCGCUGAUUCAGAUCUUCUGUGAGAUAUCGCCUCUCCAGAUCGAGACAGUACAAAAGGAGACUAUUCACCCUCAUAAGAGUUACAAGAUGAAUUCGUCUUGCACCGAUAUCUUGCUAUUCUCAGCCUACAAAUGGAAUGUCUCUCAGCCUUCACUGGUCACAGAUAACAAGAACAUUUUGGAUGGCACGACCAGCAACAAGUACUGGAUUGACGUUCAGCUUCGGUGGGGUGACUUCGACACCCAUGAUAUUGAGCGGUAUACUCUAUCUAUCUACCCCUCACCGACUGGUGUUAUGAUCGGCAUGAAUCUAGCCUAUAACCUGUGGUCUGCGUACAGCAACUGGUUCCCCGCCAUGGCCAAGAUCAUGAAGGCCAAUCCGGCAUGCCACGUCUUGUGCGAGCGUAUUUGCAAGGGUCUCCAGUUAUACUCUUCUAAGCCCACGGAGCCUUAUCUCAACAGCCGGAACUAUUCGGAACUAUUUUCGAACCAGAUUAUUUGGUUCGUCGACGACACUAUCCAUAAGAUGUUCGAAGGUAACUUGACAACCAAACUGAUUAAUGGCAUCAUAUUUAUCUUCAACCCCCGUUAUGCACAGUUGUUCCUGAAGAUCAUCCAUACCAGGGUCUGGGCUGGCCAAAAGUGUCUCGGUCAACUCACAAAGUGGAAGACUGCCGAAGAAGUGGCUGCAUUGGUUCAUUCACUGCCUGUUGAAGAACAACCGAAGCAGGUCAUAGUCACUCACAAGGGCAUGUUGGACCCUCUCGAGGUUCACUUACUUGAUUUCCCGAACAUUGCUUGCAUGAAGAUGGAGAAGUUUAGUGACUUGAUCCUACGUGAACCUCAAAUGGUACUGCUCAGCUUGUACGACGACUGGCUCAAGUCGGUGUCCAGCUACACUACCUUCUCUCGUCUUAUCCUCCUUCUUCGUGGCUUGCACGUCAACAAGAAGGCAAAGAUUAUUUUGCACCUGGACAACAAGGUUGAGGUCUCAAUGAAGGAUCUUAUACUGGCAGUGAGUAAUUUCGCACACUUUUUGAACCUUAACUCAUUGAGUCCAAGUAUUUCAGCAAGUGGAACAGCAUCAACAUCGCGUCCUUGUGUACAGCACCAGCAGAUGGCCAAGCUUGAGAAGAGUAAUGAGGCGCAGGGUCAAGUCACUGCUGUGCAAACUCAGACCACCAACGUUCACAGUGAUACAAUUCAGACCGUGUUUAGCAGCAAAUCUGAUUGGCGUGUCCAUGCCAUCUCUGCUACGCAUCUUCCUCUCCGUCUCCAAUAUAUCUAUGUCUCCAAUGAUGAUAUCAAGGACAACGCUGCUUCGUACACCCAUGUAUUGCCGAAGAACAUCCUGUGGGCAUUCAUCACUGCAGCAGAUCUUCGCACUCAGGUUGCGGCCUUCCUGUACAGUGUAUCACCAAGCAGGUCGAGGAGACCAACACAGUCGUAUGAGUACCUCGGCGUGAAAGUAACAAUAGCGUUGAGCUGCCCAACCAGUUGCCAAAGGAUGACUUCCUUCUCAAAGAUCUCGGACCUCCUUGGUGGGUCAAGACACAAGCACUUGAACUCAGUCAUCUUUCUCCCACAGACGUCACCAUUCAAGCCAAGCUGA